GUCAUAGUGUAAUUGGAUUGGGAUGGUAUUGAAGGAAAUAAACAAAUUCGAGUUUGUCUGAUCAUGAUUUAAAAUUAAUUGGAAUGCAAAUUUUACUUAUAUGACUUGAAACGUAGUGCUAUUCAUUGGAUUUAAAAUUUUCUGAUUUAGUUAUGAAAUUCGGGUGGUUGUACCGUUCCAUGUUUGUGAUGCGUCGUCAAUUCGUAAGGUUGUUGAGACUACGAAACCUCCUUACUAUAACCUUUUUAGUCAUCUUGCUGUAUAUAGUAAAGACUUUUAAUAAUAUCAGCAAAACUAACAUUGGAACAAUUGAUUAUUUUGUUCCAAAGAGUUUGAAGAAAAUUGACUGGCACAAUUAUACACAAAUUGAAUAUGAAAGAAAACGUCAAGGUAUUGGUGAGCAAGGUUUACCAGCACGGCUACCUAAAUCUUUGGCUUUUCUUGAGGAACAAUUAUAUUCCGUUAAUGGCUUCAAUGGAGCAUUGAGUGAUAAAAUAGCUUUAAACAGAUCUUUACCAGACAUAAGACAUCCAGGUUGCAAGGUUCGCAAGUACAUAGAGUCAUUACCGACUGUUAGUGUGGUGGUUCCCUUCCACAAUGAACACUGGAGUACAUUGCUCAGGACGGCAUAUAGUGUUCUUAUCAGGUCCCCAGAAUUUCUUAUAAAAGAGGUGUUUUUAGUUGACGAUGCAAGCACAAAGGAUUUCCUAAAGCAGAAGUUAGAAGACUAUCUAUCUAAGCAUUUACCGAAGGUGAAAGUGGUGCGAUUAGCGCAGCGGAGUGGUCUGAUAGCGGCGCGGCUGGCGGGCGCCGCGCGGGCCUCCGCCGACGUCUUACUGUUCUUAGACUCGCACACUGAGGCCACUGUUAACUGGCUACCACCGCUACUAGAGCCGAUAGCGCUAAGCUACCGCACGGUGGUGUGUCCGUACAUCGACGUGAUCGCCUACGACACGUUCGAGUACCGCGCGCAGGACGAGGGCGCGCGCGGCGCCUUCGACUGGGAGCUCUUCUACAAGCGCCUGCCAGUGCUGCCCCGGGACCAGGACAACAUGCCGGAGCCAUUCCAGAGCCCGGUGAUGGCGGGCGGGCUGUUCGCGAUGUCGCGCAAGUUCUUCUGGGAGCUGGGCGGGUACGACCCCGGCCUCGACAUCUGGGGCGGCGAGCAGUACGAGCUCAGCUUCAAGAUCUGGCAGUGCGGCGGGCGCAUGGUGGACGCGCCGUGCUCGCGCGUCGGACACAUCUACAGGAAGUUCGCGCCCUUCCCCAACCCGGGCCACGGGGACUUCGUCGGCAGGAAUUACAGGCGCGUGGCGGAGGUGUGGAUGGACGAGUACGCGCAGUAUCUGUACAAGCGGCGGCCGCACUACCUGCACAUCGACACGGGAGAUAUCUCACACCAGAAGAAGUUGCGAGAGAAGCUGCAAUGUAAAUCCUUUAGGUGGUUCAUGACGCAGAUAGCGUUCGAUUUAACAGCAAAAUAUCCGCCAGUUGAACCGGAACCUUUCGCAGAAGGGAGGAUAAGGGCGGGCGCAGACGGGCAGCUGUGCUGCGACCUGCGGCGCGGCGAGCAGGGCGCGGCGCUGGCGCUGGCCGUCUGCGAGCGCUCCGCAGCCGCCGAGCAGCACUUCCUGCUCUCCUGGCACAAGGACAUCAGAUCUAAAGACAGGAAUAUGUGCUGGGAUGUCCCGGACUCCAGACCCGAGCAGCCCAUCAUCCUCUACUCCUGCCACCUUGGUGGAGGAAACCAGCUCUGGAGGUACCAUCCGGCGACAAAACAACUAAAACACGGCGGGAAUGAGAACUGCUUGGAAUGGGAGGCGAGUGGUCGCAAAGUGUUCAUCAACCGCUGCAGCGGCGCGCGCGCGCAGCAGUGGGACAUCGACACCGUCAAUCAACACGCUAUGGCGCGGUGGGACAAAACGUCACUCACAGUCACCGGCCCUUUUGAAGAUUAUUAAACUAUUUGCUCUUAAAAAUUAUAAUUUCAAUACAUUAGGUCAUAGAUGGUCAAAAUUUCGUUAUUUCACUAAAUUCAAGUAAACAAGGCAAUCUUGCUUUUUUUGCAUUGAUUGAGAAUUUAAAUAACCAUGGUACAAUUUACUUUAAUAAAAUUCAAAUGCUCAGAUGACGAUAUUGGUUAAAAAACUGAAAGUGUAAAUUUCGUUAAAACACUGAAUUAAAAAAACUUACAUCAUAAUCAAAAAGACUAAUGAAAAACAAAAAUGACAUAGUAACAGUAUAAAAAAAAAUAAAAGAUUGUAUACAUUUCAAUCAAGUAUCCAAGGCAAUAUUGAUUCUUUGCUGCUGAGAAUUUAUAUAACCUUGGGAACUACAAUUCUUUAUUGCUAUUGGAUAGGAUUUUAUUUCGCUUUCUUGCAUUUCCAAUUUACUCAUCUUCUUUGUUUAAUAGCGUGAAAGUACCUCUUACAGCGUACAUGUAGGGCUUUUUAUUAAAACAAUAAUUAUUUAAAAACCUGCUGUGAUUUCUGACAUUCCAUAAAGUGUGUGUUUAUUUCUGUAAAAAUUUCCUUGUGUGCGGUUUAGACUUCUACAAGGCUAUUGUGGGGCAAAAUAUGAAAUUAUGUUAUGCCACUUUUUACUUAUUUUAUACUCAAAGCCUGUCCCACCGAAUUGUAAAUUGUCUGAUAAUCGAACAUUUAAAAUAUGUGAUGGAAAUAUCGGGUUCCCUUAUCUAAAAGUGACGUCGUUUUUCAGCCAGUGGUGGGACAGGCCCUAAAUGUUUUAUAACUCAUGAUGUAUAUUUUUUGAAUUUUUAUUUUUAAAGUUCCUUUUUAAUGUUAUUUUUAUUUUAAUAUGACUGUAUUGAGAUUAGAUUAUUUUGUGUCAAUUUACAAUCGGUUAUUUUUAUCUGUAUUUUCUUUACUUAAAGAAGCUAUUUGAUGUUGAGAAGAAAGAUUAUAACUUUAUUAGGAAAAGUUGAAAUAAUUUAAAAUACUAGUGGAAAUGUUUAAUUGUUUGUAGACUAUGUUAGUUUUUGACUGAAAUGUGUACAAAAUGGUAGAUAUUUCAGUCAGGGUAGUAGCAGUUUGUUUUAAGUGUGGGCGUCGCCAAACGAAGAUCUAUGGGGGAGGGUAUAAUCAAGGGGGACUUAGGAAAAUAGUAAUGAAAAUCUAUCAAAUCGCUUAUUUAUUUAUAUACUGACUCUUUUAUUUAUCUAUCUAGGGAUUGCAUUUUGAUUUAAUCUUACUAAUAUUAUAA